AUGAUGGGUAGCAUCCCCGGUCAUCAUAUCGACGGCCUCAAGGCUCUACGCCCCGGGACUCCUGAACGCUCGUGUCUCAAACGACAACCAGGUAGCCAAUGCCGAUUACGUCGUCGCCGAGCACCCUCUCUCGGGAUACAUCGUGCCCGUCCAAGCCUCUGCAGACGAUGCGGAACCUCUUACAGCGAACAAGGUGCUCGCAAGAAUUUCUUUGCUUCCCGGUGCUACAAUAGGUCAAGAUCGACCCCCCUGUUUUUUCGCAGGAACUUACGCUGAGCUUCUCUGUUCCCGGGGAAGAGUUUUUAUCGACGACACGUUGGGAUCGGGUACACAGACUCCCUUUUCGCGUUACAUAGUGGACGAUAUUUCUCCCGCCGCCUUUUGCCGGCAACGACAACGAUCAUGCAACAUUUGAUGU